AUGGCUGACGAACUGGCUCACGACGUAGAGGACGUGACAUUAGAGGAUGACGAUGAAGCCACUCCUGGCGGUGGAAACAAGGAGUUGCCAACAUUAUACGUUGAUGAAACUCAAGGCUCUGAUUCCGAUGGAAGAGGCACUGCCAAACUCCCUUACAAAUCCGUCCUCACUGCUCUCGAAUCCAUCCAAGGUGGAAAAUGUUAUGUCUUUGUCAGGAAACGUGUCGAUGCAGACUAUGCUGAGAUCAGCGGCGCUGCACUGAAAAAGGCCAGAAAGACUUAUGAAGGCAACCUGAAGAAGGCUGAAAAGGCUGCUGAAAAGGCACGUAUGGAAGAAGCUGAAGGAGCUCAGCGUGCUGCUGAAGAAGCUGCACGUAUUGAAGCUGCAAAAUCUAUCGUCCUAUCACAAGAUACCUCGCUGCCAACUGCCACAAAGAUCAAGAUCAAAGAAACAGUAAACCAUCGUGGUGGUCGUGUCUGUGUUUCUGGAUGGGUUCAUCGCCAUCGUGUUCAAUCCAAGGACUUGGCAUUUGUCGUCAUUCGAGAUGGUACUGGAUAUCUUCAAUGUGUCUUGUCUGGCCGCUUGAACCAUACUUUUGAUGCUUUGACACUGACAAUGGAAUCUACCAUAACGGUGUAUGGUACUAUCAAAGAGCUACCUGAAGGAAAGAAGGCCCCAGGAAAUCACGAGCUAGUGACUGACUAUUGGGUCAUGGUUGGAAAGGCUCCUGGUGGAGAUGAUGCCAUUGCAAACAAAGUUGGACCAAAAGCAUCCCCUGAUCUGCUUUAUGACCAAAGGCAUCUAGUGAUUCGAGGUGAAGACACCUCCACCAUCUUGAAAAUGAGGGCAGCCGUCCUGAGGGCUUUUCGAGAUUUCUUUGACUCUCGAGAAAUGACUGAAGUCACACCACCUCUAAUGGUACAGACUCAAGUCGAAGGUGGUUCUACUCUUUUUGAAUUCAAGUACUAUGGUGAAUCUGCAUACUUGACGCAAUCAUCCCAGUUAUAUUUAGAGACAUGUCUUGCAUCGCUGGGUGAUGUAUACUGUCUAGCAGAAUCCUUCCGGGCCGAAAAGUCACACACUCGUCGUCAUCUCUCUGAAUACACUCAUUGUGAAGCUGAAUUGGCAUUUAUAACAUUUGAUGAUUUGUUGAACGCCAUUGAGGAUAUGGUGGUUGGUGUAAUUGAUCGAAUCAUGGCUUCUCCAACUCAUAAGAAGUUGUUGGAAUCACUCAACCCCGGCUUCCAACCACCCAAGAAGCCCUUCCGAAGGAUGCAAUAUUCUGAAGCUAUUCAGUGGCUGCGAGAUCAUAAUGUGACUAAAGAUAAUGGUGACUUUUACGAAUUUGGGGAAGAUAUACCCGAAGCUCCUGAACGACGUAUGACGGAUACUAUCGGAGAGCCUAUAAUGCUCUGCAGGUUCCCCGCUGAAAUCAAAAGCUUUUAUAUGAAGCGAGAUCCUUUAGAUCGUCGUUUGACUGAGAGUGUUGAUUUGCUAAUGCCUGGUGUUGGUGAAAUUAUCGGAGGCUCCAUGAGGAUUUCCGAUUUGGACGAAUUACAAGCCGCAUUCAAGCGAGAAGGUAUUGAUCCUGCUCCAUACUACUGGUUUUCGGAUCAGCGCAAAUAUGGCACUUGUGAACACGGUGGAUUUGGACUGGGUCUGGAGCGUUACCUAGCUUGGUUGUUGAACCGUUAUACAGUGAGAGAGGUUUGCUUGUACCCACGGUUUGUCGGCAGAUAUCGAUGUGAUGGAAAAGAUCCUUGCUCUGGAUGCUCAAAGGGCGGCCUGGAAUGUGUAUACACUCCACGUCCCGGUCAACGUCGAGGCAAUGCUGCCGAAGUAGAAAAGGAUCAACUUCAACAACAGCCAAGCUCGUCUCAAGCGCCAGCUGAAACGCAACAUGCUCCAAAAGCCGCAAAUCAAAGGACAAGAUAUAUUGGAGAGCUCAAGGCAAAGCUAGCACAAUUACAAUCUGUGGCUGACACGAUGAAUGUCGUACUCCCUACAAAACGAACUAUUAUAGACAUGUUUCCUCCAUCAGCACCAACUCCCGCAUAUCCUAGUCCAACCACUAAAGACGAGGAUCACGUCAUGUCAUAUAAUCUUCCACCAUCUGCUAUACAGACCGACACUCCCAUCAAUAAUAUAUCACCUCGUCUUGAGAAGCUUCGAGCUGCCGAAUAUGCUGCAGGGCUUCAACUAGUAGGGCCACGUCGUGUUUCUCCAGAUGCUCCUGAAGGUCAACCAAGUCCCGAUAAUGUGUAUGAAGGCAUUCCACAGGAGGCUCUUGAUGAGCUCAUCGAAUUCUUUUUCGCAUGUGUGUAUCAUAUCGAACCCAUGAAUUUUCUACACCCGGCCAUCUUUCUGCGAAACCUGAAAUAUCGUCAGGACUGCCCGUUGCUACUCAAUAGUAUGUAUUGUGUAUCUGCACGAUUUAGUCAACAUCCAGCGAUUCUACAGAGGUCAAACGAGCUACUGAGUCAAUGUGAGCAAUCUGACGAACUGCUUCAAAAGAACCCUGCUGUAAGAUUGAAACAGGACGCUCGAUAUGUUGCCGGGGAAGAAUUUUAUAUGCGGGCAAGACGUACUGUUAUGUUGGCGGUUGAGGAUGCAAGAAGUGUUACAGCCUGUCAGGCACUGAUAAUUCUAGGCUUCUACUCUUUCUCUACUGGUAGAGAAUCCACUGCUAGACAAUAUCUUUCCAUGGCAUGCUUGAUGGCAAUCACACUUCGAUUGGACGAAUCUCCCCCAGAAUAUGUAGACAUCAUCAAAGGCGGACAAUGGUCUAGAGAAAUACUCACAUGGGUUGAAAAGGAGGCCCGAUUAAGAACAUAUUGGGCUGCUUAUCUGAUGGACAAGCUAUCGAGUAUCGCUCUCAACCAACCUGCAACACUCCGUGAAGCUCCGGAGCUGCAGUUACCUGCUCCAGAGCGUGCAUGGCAAGCCGUCAGAGCACAUAGUGGAGAACCAACAGGAACUGUUGCCAGUAUUGAAGUCAAUAUAAAUCCUACUACAAUGAGACGAAUACAUGAUGAUCCAGCUAGAGCCAUCAUAACAUUAUUAAACAUAUUUGCAAGAAUCUGGGAUGUAUCAGGAGUCUACAAAUGUGAACGGAUGCUUACCACCUUGAUUACCAAGCCCACAUCAGAGAUGCCUGUCUUCAGUAGUGGUGGCGCAGUAAUGAAUAACGGAAAUAAUGAUAUUGGAAACGCUGCAUUCAGUCGUAGCAUAGAAAUCCUCGAACAGAAUGGCUGGAGUCAACUAGAAACAGAGAACUACAUGAGUGCUCGGCCUGGUCUCAUGCAGGAGCUAGCACUCUGGUGGGAAGACUUGCCAGAUCAUUAUCGAAAUGUGCCUGUAUCAGUAGUACCUCACUUGGGGUUUGUGCCAGAUUUGUGGUCCACAAAUCCUGCCUGCUGGUAUCUAUGGAAUCUCCAUAUCCUCUAUAACCUGUCGAAUCUGGUACUACACCGUCCGCUUGCCAUCGCUGCAGUUAUGCGGGGCACAAGUGAUGAGUGUGUCGAUGCUUGCAUAGGUAGUGUCAGGAACACCUCAGCAGUCAUGCAACGCAUAAAUGGUCUCAACGCAUAUCCAAACCUAUUACCGUUUGUUGCUAUUGGUAUAUAUAACAGUGGAAGCUUCCUAGCCACGAUGAAAAAAUUACAGGCGUGGCCUACGCUUCUGAAAGAAGAGGUAUGCUCGCUGGAAAAUCUCCAUGCCGAUGCUUUGGAGGCAAUCGCGGACUGGUGGUAUCCUGUGAACGAGGUUUCCGAAAAGAUGAAGGCACUCCUCAGUGCAGGAUUGGCAUCCUGA